AUGGGUAUCAGUAAUCCAAUUCCAAGGAGUUUAAGGAGUGAGUCAAAGAAAGCAGCAAAGACUUUGACGUCAUUCAUCAAACCCAAUCAAAUUGCUGGCCCUGAUCAAAUUAUACCUCCUAGGAUAUUGAAGAAUGCCAAGGGGCUAGCUGUCAUAACAGUUUUGAAAGCAGGGUUCCUCUUCUCAGGAAGGGCAGGCUCGGGUGUCAUUGUAGCACGUUUACCUGAUGGAUCCUGGUCGCCACCUUCAGCAAUUGUAACUGCCGGUGCAGGUGCCGGUGGUAUGAUCGGUGCUGAAUUGACAGAUUUUGUGUUUGUUUUAAACACAAAAGCUGCCGUCGAUACAUUUGCGCAAUUGGGUUCCGUUACAUUGGGUACAAAUGUAUCAGUUGCAGCUGGUCCUCUUGGUAGAAGUGCAGAAGCUGCAGGUACAGCAUCAUUGAGUUCUGUUUCCGCGGUUUUUGCAUACUCCAAAACCAAAGGAUUAUACGCUGGUAUUUCAUUGGAGGGUUCAGUAUUGAUGGAAAGAAGAGAAGCCAAUAGGAAGUUUUAUGGAAGUAAUUGUAAAGCAAGAAAUAUUUUAGCCGGACAAGUCGACACUCCACCUGCUUGUGAUUCACUUAUGAGGGUCUUGAAUUCAAGGGUGUUUAACAAUAGAAUUGAUUACGAUGACGAAGACUUCUACAACGACGACUAUUAUGACGAUAUUCCUGAUGAGUUUUCCGACACAACAUCAGAAUAUUCAGAUCGUCGUCGCGGAAGUGCAGCUGGAGUACGAGGAGGAGGUGGAAGGAGAAGAAGAAGAUAUUCAGAUGAUUAUUCAGAUGAUGACUAUUAUUCAGAGGAUGAUGAUGACUACUAUGGAGGCCGAAGAGGAGGAGGAGCAGCAGGAGCAGCAGGAGGAAGAAGAGAUCGGAAGUACGACGAUUAUGACCACUAUGACCACGGUCGAGGAGAUAAGAGAUAUGACGACUACGAUGGUGGGAGAAGAGAAAGAAGAUCCCGAGCCAAUACUGCUUCGAGUUUAGGGGGAGGGGGAGGCUUAUCGUCAGGUGGAAGAACUCCUUCCAGCAGCAAAACUGGAUCUGGUUGGGAAGAUGACAUAUAUGACUCGGGAUACAAUGGUAAAACAAGAUCGAGGGGUAAUAGCGAUGUCGAUAGACUAAAUGCUCGGUUGGGAAGUACGAGGUUAUCUCCAAAUAAGUCAAGUGGAGGAGCUCCUUCAAGACCACUGACUCUUUCUAAGCCUAAUUUUGGCAGUGCACCAAAAUCCAAUGCCUCGCAAGCUAUUGCCUUGUAUUCAUUUAAGGGUGAACAAAGCGGCGAUUUGGCAUUCAAGAAGGGAGACGUCAUUGAUAUUUUGAAGAAAACAGACACGGUUGAUGAUUGGUGGACCGGAAGAAGCAAUGGAUUGACUGGAAUUUUCCCCGCCAACUAUGUCGAACUCAUUUAA